AUGGCUCUCUCUGGUGAUCAUAAGAAUAGAGGAGAGUUGAGGGUUUAUGACAGUGAGGAUGAGGUGAAGACUGUUUUGGCCGAGUACAUUGCGGAUGUGUCGGACGUAGCUGUGCAGGAGCAUGGAUUUUUUACUCUUGCUAUAUCUGGUGGUUCUCUCAUUGAUUUAAUGGGAAAACUCUUGCAACCUCCAUAUAACAAGACAGUGGAUUGGACCAAGUGGUAUAUCUUUUGGGCUGACGAGUGUGUUGUGUCGAAAAGUCACGAGGAUAGCUGUUUUAAGCAUGCUAAAGAUGUGUUUUUGUCUAAGGUGCCUAUAGUCCCCAGUCACGCGGUUUCUAUUAAUGAUUCUGUGUCAGCAGAAGAAGCUGCUGAUGAUUAUGAGUUUGUCAUCCGACAGUUAGUGAGAACCCGUGUUAUCAACGUGUCUGAGAUUAGUGACUGCCCAAAAUUCGAUCUCAUUCUGCUUGAACUGGGUACUGAUGGACAUGUUGCAUCUCUAUUUCCAAAUCACCCAGCACUGGAUGAAAGAGAAGAAUGGGUAACUUUUAUUACUGACUCCCCUAUACCCCCACCUGAGAGAAUCACAUUCACUUUGCCUGUUAUCAAUUCUGCGUCCAACGUGGCAGUGGUCGCAGCAGGUGAAAGCAAAGCAGAUGCUGUACUGUUGGCAGUAGAUGAGACCGGACCUGAUUGCCUGUCAAUACCAGGAAGAAUGGUCCAACCAGCUAACGGGAAGUUGGUGUGGUUUUUGGAUAAGUUGGCCGCCACAAAACUAGAAGACUCCGACUUGAACAAUUGGUAUAUGAAGUCCCUAGCAGAAGUGUAA